UUUCAAGUGCGUGUGAGUAUAUAAAUAUACGUAUACGAAUCUGCAUAGAGCCAAAAAAACCAAAGAGACAACAAAGAAGAACAUAGAAACAUAACUAAAACAGAGGAUGGAGAAACAAAGUCUAGAGGCUCACUUCAAGCAUAACGACGCCGGAGCAUCACCGGAUUCCUCGCCGGAGAACGAGAAGGGAAUAUUCCACAAGAGCCGGGGAAUAUUCCAUCUUCACCAUUCCAAGGACGAUAAAGAAGACGAGAAGAAGAAGGAAUCAAAGAGGGAGAAGAUGGCCGCCGCCCUAGUCGCCGGAAAAGUUGCCCUGAAGAAGGUGAUGCACCACCGUCGUCAAGGCGGCGGUAAACACGGCCAUGGACACGGCGGAGAAGAAGAGGGAGAGGCAGAGGAAGAAGAAGAACAAGAAGAAGAAGAGGAAGAAGAAGUAGAAGAAGGUGAAGAAGAGGAAGAAGGUGGAGGGAUUGGUGGUUUUAUUGCAAUGAUCGCAGAAGCAUUUCAAGAAUAAAUAAUAACCAAAAAAAUCAAUGUGAAAAUGUUUUUACAAAAUAAUGUGUUGAAACUACGUACUUGUAAUUUUUGCUAAAAAAAUUGUGAAUUUGGAGUGAUUUAAAUUGG